AUGACCGCAAACCUCUCCGCGACCCUCGCGCCCACUCCCAGCCACCUAAGCCAGCCCAUCCCGGCAGACGUAUGCAGGCCACGACCUCCUUCUCCCUCCUUGAGCGUCCCAGGCAGCCCAGUCCGCGCCUCAACACCUAAGCGACCCAAACCCAAAGCAAGAGCUCCCACGCCGACGCCCCCAGGAAGACAACUGAGACGCCUCAACGUGAAUUGCAACUCGAUCAGUUCCAAGCGUGGUAGUUUUCAGCACCUAGUCGAUACUCAUGACCCGGACAUUGUCGUCGCCACGGAGACCAAACUGACAAGCAGCAUUAAUAAUGGAGAAAUAGGGGCCCCAGACCAAAUUUCGGCCAAGUACAACAUCUUCAGAGAGGACCGAAAUGCCAAAAACCUAGGAGGUGGUGUGAUGAUUGCAGUGAAAAGCGAAAUCGCGAGCAGCAUCAUGCCAAACCUGGACACAGAUUGUGAAAUCCUCUGGGUCCAGAUCAGCCUGAAGGUGGAUAAGAACAUAAUCAUUGGAGGUUUCUACCAUCCCCACACAGCCAACUCAACCAGCUGUGAUGCCUUCGAAACCGCUCUGCAGCGCCUACCUCCGUCCGCCACCACCAACUUAUGGAUAGCCGGAGACUUCAACCUCCCAGAUAUCGACUGGAGAUCCAACUCAAUGAAGAAGGAUGCCAGCAACGUAGGGAUACAGCGUCGUUUCCAAGAUAUCUUUGAUGAUGCAGGACUGACCCAAAUGAUCACCGAACCAACCAGAGCCAACAACACCCUAGAUCUCUUUCUCACCAACAACGAGACACUAAUAUCCAACUGGAAAGUAGUUGAAGGCAUAUCGGACCACGACAAAGCGGUUCUCAUCGACGGUCUUCUCCCCCCGCACAGGCUCAAGCAGACACCAAGACAAAUCCCUCUGUAUAAAAAGGCGGAUUGGUCUAAAAUGGAACACGCCAUGGACAACGUCUACAAUGAGCUGAGGGCCAAAGCAGGAAGCACUGUCGAAAUGAUGUGGACAUCCCUUAAGAACGCACUAUCGGAUGCCAUCAGCGCCAACAUACCACACAAGACCGCCAGGCGCAAAGAUCAAAAGCCGUGGAUAACGAAUCCCAUACGCAAGCUGAUGAAGAAGAGCACAGCACUAAGCAAAAGAAAGCACAAGAACAACUACUCACGCCAGGACAGUCAAAAACAUCGUGAACUGAGGGCCAAGAUACAAAAGAAGAUCAGACAGUCCUACUGGAUUUACAUCGAAGACAUCCUCACCCCAAACACCAAUAGCAUGGAGGACAGGACAAAAGCAAACAAGAGGUUUUGGACCCUAAUCAAACACACCAAGUGGGACAGCAUAGGAAUACCGCAGAUGAAGAGCCCUAACGGCGAUACGGUGGUAGACAGUCAAGGAAGGCAGAGCUACUAA